GCCAUUUGGAAGAUUGCGUCGAGGCAGCAUGGCAGACGAGCUGCGCCGGCUGCAGCCCAUGCGCAUGGACGAGCUCGAGAUGGACCAUGUCGAUGAAGUGGAUGGACUCGACUUUGACUACCUCAUGGCGCUCAUCUGCAACGCCGUCGGGCCCGGCGAGAAGGACACGCCAAGCCACACGGGUGCAUCGCUCGGCCACAUUGAUGAUGAUGACGAAGACGACGAUGAGGAUCCAGACCACGAGGACGACACGAGCUCGUACGAGGAAGGCGAGCUCGAGACGCCCUCGACGCACGCCCGUGCAGCGACGUACGACGUACCCAUGCUAGCAGCCCAUGCGUCGCGUGCUACGGACACCGAAGGCAGUCUCCUGCACCGAGAUGUCUCCCACUACCUUGCGUCCCGACACCAUAGCAAGACGCCAAUGGCCCGGCACACGGCCCAUUCUGCCUCACUAUCGACCUUUGCGGCGACGUCGUCGUCGUACCAACCAUCCUUGCCGUUGAGCACACGCCGACGCGUGUACCCAAACUAUGAGCGCAGUAGGCUCUUUGGCGAAAAGGCGCUCGAGUUGCGCGACCUCGAGACGAUCCUUGACGAGUACGACAUGGACGACGCGCCGGGCGACGACUCCGAGAGCCGCUUCUUCUCGUCCGACGACGAGGACGACGACGACGACGACGACAACGAUACGAAGGACGCACCGCCGCCAUCGAUCGACUUUGAGCAAAACUUGCUGUCGCAUUUCUCCAUGCUCGGGUUCGACCCGGACAUUGUCUCGUCCGUGCUCAUUGAAGUGGUCGAGAGAGACGCACGGCGCGGUGCCAACGAGAUUUGCGAGACGCGCACGUUUACAUCGAUCGUCCAAGCGCUCGUCGACGACCACGCGAGCGACAACAACAACAGCACAGCACAUGAAUCGCCAGCACGCAAGGGUCGCCAAGACAUUCUCGCGCCCAGCGCUACGUCGUUUCCGUGGCCCGUGUUUGAUAUGGCGCAGUAUGAGUUUGGGACGGCGCGCCCAGGCACGUGCUUCUCGUCGGUCGUCGUACUCGUCAACGUCCCGCCCGUGAGCGAUGCGACGAGCGAGACGCUGCAUGCUUGUCUCUUGUCGCAGCUCUUCUGCAAGCUCUCCAACCCGAUUCAAGUCGUCCUACCGGUUGUGCCUAGCACAGGGUUGCUCAAAGGGCAUGGAUUCCUCGAGUUUUCGGACCGGCCGCACGCCACAGCGGUCGCCCGCGCCCUCGACGGGCUCAUCUGGAGUCCGUCGUUCCCGGCCUUCCGCGCCAUGCUCUUCCGCGAGUACGAUGGCAGCCACCGGCUGCUGGAGAGUCACAAAGAGAGCAGCAGCUUCGUGCCACGUGUCGACAACAGCAACAACAACAACAACAACAACAACAAUCAUUGUGAGGACGAGCUCCGUUUUCACGCUCUGGACCUUGAGAGCGAAGACGAUGAGAGCCAUUCGGACGUUGUCGACGCGUCGCCGCACCGAAUGACGCGCUUGGAGCACCAGCUCGUGCAACGCAACGAACAGCUCGAGUACCUCAUGCAGUGCGUCGAGCGCGACCGGGACGCGAUCCUUUCGGAGAACGACGAGCUCCGGCGCAUGAUGGAGGCGUACCGCGAACGCGAACAGCAGCAGGAGCAUGCGCUUCUGAGCCUCUCGAGUCUGCGCCAGCGCAUCCAGCUCAACGAGCAAAAGUACCGCGAACACAUGCGGCGCAUGCGUCAGAACGAGCACGUGACCCAAGCGCUCCGCCGCCGCCUCGAAGAACUCUCGGGGCACCCGCAGUCGCUCCACGCGCUUGGGAUUGCCGAGCUGCGCGAACUCGAAGACACGCUCGACACGGCCUUGUACAAAGUGCGCACCAUCAAGGAGCAAAAGAUUCAAGAGCAAAAACAGCAACUGGACAGGCAGGUCGAAGUGCAGCAGGAGCUCAAGCUCUGCGUGAUUUGCCUCACGGCGGAGAAGACGAUUCUGUGUCUGCCGUGUCGCCACGUGUGCAUGUGCCAAGCGUGCUCGGGCCACGCCGAAGUGACGCGGUGCCCCAUUUGCCGCCUCGACAUCCAAGAGAAGAUGCUCAUUUACGCCUAAUUGCCAUCGCGCAACACGUGACGACAGGACGGCGACAGCAGUAUGAAGUCUAGCAACAGUACGAGAAAACCUCUUCAAACUUGGUGUCCAAAUGCCAUGCAAGUCGCUUCCGUCGCCUGAAGGGGAAAAAUGAUAGAUUAACAGCUUGUAUGCAUGUUUGACGCUAAGAAAUCUGAUGGCAUAUCACUCCAUCUCUGCAACGCCA